AUGAGACUUUCUCAGGCAAUGCAAGAUAUUGAAACUCACUGUGAAGUUUGUAAACAAGAACAUGAAGACCUAUUUCAUAUCCUCAUCAGUUGUUCUCAUGCUCAGGCUGUGUGGAGCUCACUUAAUAUCAACAUUGCUCAGAUAAUUAAGCAGUGUCAAUCGGUUAAAGAGUGGAUUAUUUCUUGGUCUCAAGAUAUUCAUAAUGCAGGAAGUGAAUCAAUUGAUAUCUGGAGAAAGUUGUUGAUGGUAGGGAGUUGGGUAAUAUGGAAGGAAAGGUGUGACUGUGUUUUUCAAGAUAAAAAACUCAUCCCAAGUCGUACUGUCGAAAGGAUUCAGAAUCAAUUGAUUAGUUACAACUCUACUACUAAGGAAACUUCACCUGUAGAUUCAGCUGAUAUUUUAACUCCCACCUCUGCAUCACCUGAGCAUAUUACUAACACUUUCACUUGCCUGCAGGAUAUUUUGAAUGAAGUUACCACCUUUAAAUUCUUUGUUGACAUUUCAUAUGAUAAAUACACUACUGACUGUGGGUAUGGAAUUGUCUGUUAUGAUACUGCAGGUACACUCGUUGGAUUCAAGGGAUCAUAUGCAGCUGGAAUAAUUGAUUCAAAAGCAGGAGAGUGUAAAGUUGUUCUUGAAGGACUGAGAUGGGCAAAGGCAAUGGAUUUAGACAACGUACACAUCAUAUCAGAUGCUGAGGCUGUAGUUAACUCCAUCAACAAUAUUUUUUUUCAAUAA